AUGCAUUUCUUAUAUAUUCUCAGUCUUAUGUCCACUGCAACUACCCUUGUGGUGGCAAUGGCAUCUCCAGUCUCAGUUGGUGUUGAAAAGAGAGAUGAAAACCUUUGCACCACCAACGAAAAGUAUGACGUGCCAUACUGCUGCCCUCCUGACGCUCAAAACACGAAAAACACCUACAACCUCAUCUAUUGCUCUGAUGUGUCCGGAAAUACAACGUUAACCACUGAUGACGACUUUAAAAAGUUCUGCAAGGAUCAAGAAGCACUUGCACUUUGCUGCAAGGUGGGAAUUUUUGGAAUAUCCGUUUGCGAAGAGGCGUUUUAA